UACCCUGAGGAACGUACCUCCUCCCUCUGUGUCAACAAAUGCCACAGCAGAAAGUGACAUGGACAGAAGUUAGCAGAUUUAGAGACUCGGUUCUGACUGAUUUCGUAUUCCGUAUUUGUCAUCAGCAGUAUAGUUAGCUGCAUUCAUUAGCUAAAGAACAAAGACAGGACAACAAAAACGCUACAAUUAGUAUGUCCAUCGACGAGGAAGCUAGCUAGUUUGAGCUAACAAUACCGCCACCACAACAACAAGAAGUUGAAGUGGUUACCCACCUUCAAUCAUCAAUAUGGACACAGACAACGAAUGAACUAAAAGUGGACAUCAAGCAAAUAAUUCAGGACCUUUAUAAAUGCCUGACAUCAAUAGCUAUUUAACUACAUAGCUAAUUGCGAAGCUUUGUGUGCUUCGUUCAGACCUGAAUCGAUUGUUGUUUUUAAACUAUGUUUCCUUUGGAUUCGCCAUGGAACAUCUCCUUUGCUGGUUGUGGUUUCUUGGGUAUCUACCACAUAGGAGUUGCCAGUUGUCUUCUUGAACAGGCUCCCUUUUUAGUGGCAAAUGCCCGGCAUAUCUAUGGGGCAUCCGCCGGUGCACUUACAGCUUCUGCGCUGGUUAGCGGAGCAUGUUUAGGUGAAGCAGGUGCCAACAUCAUUGAUGUUGCAAAGGAGGCAAGGAAACGUUUCCUUGGGCCCAUGCAUCCCUCCUUCAACCUGAUGAAGAUUAUGCGUGUCAUGCUGUACCGUACACUGGCCCCUGAUGCUCACCACAAGGCCACAGGUCGGUUGGGAAUCUCCCUCACACGAGUGUCAGACGGAGAGAAUGUUCUGGUGUCCCAGUUCAACAGCAAGGAGGAGCUUGUGCAGGCAUGUGUAUGCAGUGCCUACAUCCCUGUGUACUGUGGCCUUAUCCCUCCUACACUACAGGGUGUGCGGUAUGUGGAUGGUGGGAUUUCAGAUAACCUGCCCCAAUAUGAGCUGAAGAACACCAUCACAGUGUCACCCUUCUCCGGAGAGAGUGACAUCUGCCCUUGUGACUCUUCCACCAACAUGCAUGAGCUCCGCUUCACUAACACCAGCAUCCAGUUCACCCUCACCAACCUCUACAGGGUCUCCCGAGCUCUCUUUCCCCCCGACCCAAUGGUUAUGAAGGCCAUGUGCAAGCAAGGAUAUAAGGAUGCUCUUCACUUUCUAAAGAAAAACGGACUGCUGAACUACCAGGGACCUCAGAGAGCCCUACUGGGCAGUAGGGAGGAAGGGGAGAACUGGGCAGAUAACGAGGUGGAGGGGAAGCCACGUGUAGAGUGUGUCAUCACCAAGGAUGGAGCUGUAAUGGUCCAAUCACGUCCCAGCAAAGAAAACCGUAUCAUUGAAAAGCUGCCGCCUCGAGUACACAAAGCAUUGGUGGAGGCAUGCAAGGAGAAAAAGAGCUAUGUGCAGUCACUAAGCAACCUGCUGCCUGUCAGACUGGCCUCUGCGAUGAUGCUUCCUUAUACGCUUCCUCUGGAGUCUGCACUGUCCAUGACUGUGAGACUCUUAGAAUGGAUGCCGGAUGUGCAGGAAGAUGUUGGCUGGAUUGGAGGGCAGACGGUUAAAAUGGUUCAGUGUGUUAUGCGUCAGGCCUCUAAAAGUGUCUCUCAGCGCAUAUCUGCCAGGUUUUCCUACCAGCUGGAGCUACGGCACUGUCAGUCUCUCCCGAACCCGAUCAGACGUAACAGCAUCCUGCCAAACUGGGUGUGUGACAACAGCCCCACAAUGCAGGAUGUCUUCAUGCGACUGGACCAGUUUCAGAGGCAGCUGCUGCCCCGCGCCUUCAGCGUCAACAUGGACCUGAAGGGCUCCUUUUACACUGGAUCCAUCCCACCGGUCAAUAACUCUCUUUCACCCUCACACUCCCAAGAGGGCCUGGUCAUGCACGAGAUCAGCCAGAACUCUCCAGAAGAACCUGCCUCACCAGGGGUUAUCGACAGGUCUUAGGAGACCACGUUAACCUGCCGCAGGAAGACCCUGAAACUGGGCCAAUGGAACUCCCAUUUCAGCAUCCCUUAAUAGCCCCUUAAUUUAAAGUUAUUUUAUGCAUUUAUUGAGAUUGUGUCCUCACUCCAAAGAACCAAACUGGCUAGGAUGGCUGGCUUUUGCAGUUUUUACUAUUUCUUAAUUUGAUCAAUUACUUUUCUCUAAUGCAGAGAAACAAAAAGCAUUACAGCUAUAAUAAGUCUGUAUUGCAGGCCAUGUUAUACAUACAGUAAACUAAAUGCAUUUCAUUACAGCACAAUACAUGAUGAGGAAGCUCAAGGGCAGAUUCCUUCAUCCAGCCAAACCUUUGCCUUGUGGUCACCUCCCAUGCCCUCAGAUAUAAAAAGUACUUUACUUAAUCUGAAAGUGAAAGUGAAUCAUUAUAUUUUAAUUAAAACUCAAUGGGGUAAAGAUCACCACUGGCAUGUUGUGCUGACUUAAGUGUCUGUUAACAAGGCAUAAAAUGUGGCAAGACCAGUUCUUCAAAUUGCUGCUACAGUAUAGUUAUCAGCUCUAACCCAGGUUAACUGUCUGCUGCCUAUUGCAUAAGGGUGCCAGAGGCCAAUAG